CACCGAAGUGAUCAUUUCAAGGUAAUUAAGACUCCAGCAUGAUUGUUUGGCUUGGCUGUGCUUUGUUUCUAGGCUCAGUGUUCAUCUCUGUCUGGAGGAUGAGAUCCAGGAGCCAUGGAGAUGUAAAGUACCCCAAGAGCUUACCAUCAUUGCCUGUCAUCGGAAGUUUACUUCACCUUGGAAAGAAGCUGCCUCCACACAUCCUGUUCUGUAACCUGCAGAAGAAGUAUGGCAGCCUCUACUCCUUUAUGAUGGGUUCCCACUAUGUGGUUGUAGUGAAUAACCAUGAGGACGCCAGAGAGGUCUUGCUGAAGAAGGGCAAAACCUUUGGGGGGAGACCCCGCACAGUGACAACAGAUAUUUUGACAAGAGAUGGCAAGGACAUUGCAUUUGCUGACUAUAGCCCAACCUGGAAGUUUCACCGCAAAAUGGUCCAUUCAGCGCUGUGUAUGUUCGGUGAAGGGACAGUUGCCAUUGAGCAGAUCAUUUCCCGUGAAGCUGCCUCGCUGUGUCAGACUCUCACCUCCUUCCAGAGAAUCCCUUUGGACAUGGCUCCAGAGCUCAUCCGAGCUGUCACUAAUGUGGUGUGCUCCUUGUGCUUCAACACCAGAUACAAGAGAGGGGAUGCAGAGUUUGAGACCAUGCUAAAGUACAGUAAAGGCAUAGUGGAUACAGUGGCUAAAGACAGCUUGGUGGACAUCUUUCCUUGGCUUCAGAUAUUUCCAAAUAAGGAUCUAGACAUUUUGAGGCAGUCAGUGGCAGCUCGAGACCAGCUUCUUCAAAAGAAAAUAAAUGAACAUAAGGAUGCAUUUUGUGGUGAAACUGUCAAAGACUUGUUGGAUGCUCUACUGAAAGCCAAACUAAGCAUGGAAAACAAUAACAGCAAUGUAUCACAAGAUGUAGGACUGACGGAGGAUCACAUCCUCAUGACUGUAGGGGAUAUAUUUGGAGCAGGAGUGGAGACCACAUCUACAGUUUUGAAAUGGGCUGUGGCAUAUUUACUGCACUAUCCAGAAGUCCAGAAGAAGAUCCAGGAAGAGCUGGACGCAAAGGUUGGAUUUGGACGAUAUCCACUCCUUAGUGACCGGAAAAUCCUACAUUAUACAGAAGCCGCCAUCUCUGAAGUGCUGCGAAUUCGUCCCGUGUCACCACUGCUUAUUCCACAUGUGGCUUUAAAAGAAUCCAGUAUUGGAGAAUAUACCAUUCCUAAAGAAGCCCGUGUGGUUAUUAACCUCUGGUCUUUACACCAUGAUGAGAAGCAAUGGACCAAUCCUCAUCUCUUCAGCCCAGAUCGAUUCUUGGAUGAAAAUGGAAACCGCGUGUACUCCCCAAGUCCGAGUUUUCUCCCCUUUGGAGCAGGGAUACGCGUGUGUCUCGGGGAAGCCCUGGCCAAGAUGGAGGUCUUCCUGUUUCUGUCUUGGAUCCUUCAGAGGUUCACACUGGAGGUUCCGGAAGGAGACCCUUUGCCCGAUCUGGAGGGGAAAUUUGGUGUUGUGAUUCAGGUGAAGCCAUUUAAAGUCAUCGCUAAGCUGAGAGAAGUGUGGAAGAACAUAGAAAUCGUUACAUAAAUCUCAUAUGGCGCCACAUUUCAUAUCGUGUUUAACAUCCCUGUAAGGAUUUUGGCUUGAUGGCAUUUCACUUCCAAAUUUCAAAAUUAAGUUUUAUUCAGAGUUUUUUGUAAAAUCGCUCUCCUUUAUUGUUAUAUAAUAUACCAUCCCUAAGUUCCUAUGACACAUACUGUAAAUUAAAUCUGUACACAGUCUGAA